UGAUGUUCUCGUAUCUACGCGGAUAAUUAUCAAUCUUGACAUCAGAUCUAGUAUUAAACACCUCAAUAUCAACAACAAUCUUGGUCAUUUACCAUAACUGCGAGUCGAAGAUUUAUCGAUCUUACUACCUUACAUAUUUCAACUUCACGAAUUUUCGGCUUUUCGGCUCUGAGUGGGAAGUUUUAUUAUCUGGAGCAUAUACUCAGCAUACGAAGACAUUAUUCAUACAACGAAAUAUCAACAAUUACAAUGUCGACAAAACGCACUCACAGGAGUGAUGGUCAGAUGCGAGAUCGUGGACUUCCGCCCUUUAAAUCCUACUCGGAAAAUGUGGGUUUGGGAGCACGACCAGAGAAACAUGUUAGAGAGGAGUGGAAUAAAGAGCAGUUGAAUUUUAUGGAGAGAUUAAGGAGAGAGAAAGUUGAGAGGGAUGGAUAUAGAGAGGCUGGAGAGAAUGGAGAGGAAAAGAAUGAUGACAGGCAGGGUAACAAGGCCAAAGGAUGGAUUAACUGGGAGAAAUGGGGUCUUAGUAUUGGUUUCGGUAUGUUUAUUUCUUUCUCCCUACUUGACUUUCAGAGUUCCAACGAUUAAUCUUUAUAUACUACAUACAAGAAUUAUCACUCUUAUCACAUACCUCAUUUAUCAACCACACUAACUAACCCCUCAUAGUUCUUUUCAACAUCCUCGUUGCCUUCCCUCUCGCAUAUCUCAUAGCCAAAUACAUAGUCUCCUCCCCAUGGCAAUGGAUAACCUUCAUAUUAUCUCACCAUUUAAUAUUAGCAGCAAGCUACGAAACAACAAUGAAUAUGCGAGAUCGAAUAAUCAGGGAAGAAGAAGAUAAACUAGAAAUAGAAAAGUGGGAUGAAGUAGUUAGGGAACUAGAGGAUGCAUUGAGGGAUUCUAGACGCGGGAGAUUAGUGCUAGGGAAUGUGGAGAGAAUGGAUGAGGAAGAGAAAGGAAAGGAGAGGAAAAGUUGGAAGUCAAAGGAAAAAGAUAAUGGAAUGGAAUGGAAUGGAGUGGUGGGUGGGAAUGGAUGGAAGGGCUUAUGGGAAUCGUGUGAGGCGGAGGGUUGUGAUGGAGCUGGUGGAAGGAAGUUGGAUGGAGAAAUAAUUAGGGUAAUUACGGGUGUAAAGGGGAGAAGGUUGGAGUAAAGAGGAAAGAAUGGAAAAUGAAGAAUAGAAAAAUGCAUAUAGUAUACUAGAAACAAGCCAUCUCUCUUAUAUACUCACAUAACACAGCUUAAAAUCCAUGAUAAAAAAAAUCAAAAAUAACCCCUUUCUGCGAUAAUCAUAUCCCUCAAGUACCUAUAUAGACAGACCACUUAAUUCCCACAAGAAUAAACUCUAGAUCCGCAUCUCCUCCUAUGUAUACAAUAAUAUAUAUCCCACGCUGCAGAAGUAUUUACCUACCCUACUCUACUAUGUCUUAUUCUUUCCUUUCCUUUUCCUUUAUCAGUUUCUUCGUUUAUUAUACAUACACUA